AUGUCAACAUAUUUUUUUAAAACCAGCCAACGUGAGGCGUCUUUGUUAGUGAAAUGUUGUUAUUUUGUUUUUGAUCAACAUGGAUGUUGAAUUUUUGAGGUUUCAAUUCCAAGAUGGGUGUUAUGGAGUUAUUACUAAGACUGGGUUCAAGAUUGGCAUCAGACAUGUACAGAUGAUGUACAUGUUGGCGAGUUCGCUGGCUGUGGGCUUCAUCAGAGGGAGUAUGGGAGUAGCCGUCCUGGCGGUGAAUGAUCAGACACGGAGAAAUGAUACUUAUAUACAGAUCCACAACUGGGAUGGCAAGAUCCAGGGAGCGGUUCUGUCAUCAUUUUUCUUUGGUUACGCUCUGAUGCUGCUGCCAUCCGAGCUGUACUUCAAGAAGAUCGGAGGGAAGUUGCUGACGACGACCAUCUUCCUCGUCAAUGGAGCUCUGUGUGUUGCUAUGCCAACUAUUAUCAACAAGGGUGGUUGGGUGGCAGCGUGUAACGCCAAGCUGUUCAUGGGCAUGUCUCACGGAUGCUUCAACACUGUGAACCAGACAUUACUGGAGCGAUGGCUGCCGCCCAGUGAGAGGAGGAUAUUCAACUAUUUCGUUUAUGGAGGCAUACAAAUAGGAAUAAUCCUAGCCUUACCUCUAUCAGGGAAAUUGACGACUGCGCCUUUAGGCUGGGAACUAGUGUACUACGUACUGGCGAUGCUGGGACUGUCCAUGGCGGUCAUAUCUGGAGCCUUAACGGCUAGCUCACCGGACCAACACCAGGCGAUUGGUGACGCAGAGAAAGAAUUCAUUCAAGAGAAUUUGAAUUACUAUCGCAAGAAGGAACUACAGCGGCCCUGGCGUGAGAUUCUUCGAUCGUCUCGCUUAUGGGCUUUGGUCGGUGCUCAUGCAGCCUGUAACGCUGUUUUCAUUUUCUUCUUAGUUCAUCUGCCAGCUUACCUGAUGAUGUACGGAUUAUCUCUAAAAGAUAGUGCUUGGUAUUCCAUGUUCCCGUUCAUAGCGAUGUCGUUGUCAUACCUCAUCAUCAGUCCAAUCAUUGACUGGGUUUAUUCGAUACAAUACUUCAACUAUAUCUUUAAUGCCAGUUUCUUCAGAAAAGUCAUUAAUGCAUUGGGUGCAUUUGGGAUCGUAAUGGGAUUAACAAUGAUACCAAAUUUACCGCUCGAAUGGAGCAGGUCAAUAAUUGUGAUACUCACAGCAAUAUUGGGGCUGCUAGGAUUUCAAUUUUGUGGAUUACUGAGCACUUACAAAGACAUGUCUGACAAUUACUCCGGCACGUUAAUGAUGGUGUCUUGUACGGUGAGCAGUCUCGUGGGGACAGCAGUGCCCUUCGUGUCAGGGCUCAUACUAGGUGAUAACAUGGCCGACCUGAGGCAUUGGAGGGUUAUAAUGCUGACAUUGUCUACUCUAUAUAUAGUCAGUACCAUUGUAUACACUUCGUUUGGAAGCAACGAGAGGCAAUAUUGGGAUCACGUUAAUAACAGCAAGCGACAGAUGGGGCAUUUCAAUAGUGCCAUGGAUGCUCACCAAGUGCAAUUAGAAGAAUAUGGUCACACAAAUAUGGGAGUAAAACACAACGAACUGGACACAGUACUCUGACAAUUGAAUUAUUAUAUCAUACUGCAAU